UAGGCCCUCGGCACGCCGCACGACCACAAGAUCAAGACCAUGGCCGACGCUCAAAUCGAGAAAGCUUUCCAAAAGCAAAAUCUCUUCCAAAACGCCAAAGCCCGCGGUGGCAAGAAGGUCGCGACCAAAGAGAAGCGGUGGUACAAGGACGUCGGUUUGGGUUUCAAAACACCUUCUGAAGCCAUCAACGGCACAUAUAUUGACAAGAAAUGUCCAUUCACUGGCGACAUUUCAAUUCGUGGACGCAUCCUUAGUGGCAAAGUCGUCUCAACAAAAAUGACCCGCACGAUCAUCAUCCGACGUGACUAUCUCCACUACAUUCCGAAGUAUAACCGUUACGAGAAGAGACACAAGAACUUGGCUGCUCAUGCUUCACCUGCAUUCCGUGUAGAUGUCGGAGAUGUUGUGACUGUCGGGCAAUGUCGACCACUAUCGAAGACGGUCCGAUUCAAUGUACUGCGGGUGUCGAAGAGCAAGGCUGCGACGAAGGCGUUUAACAAGUUUUAGACUAGCCUGACGUUGUGUCGUUUACACCAUGGAAUAUGUACAUGCUUAUGUUGUUGAGAAUAUUGAGCAAACAACCACC